UCAAAAAAGUUUUAUAAAGGUUCUCAACUAAAGUUCUUAUUUUCUCAAAGAACCCAAACAAUGGCCUUCGCAGAAAACCACAUAAACACAGACGUCCCUGAGAAGGAUGUAUUUGCCCUCCACUUCCUCCAAACCCUCUCAAAUCUCAGUACACAAAACCCUUUCAGUUCUCCGGACAAAAAAAGCGAUCGUGUCAAGAAAAUCAAGAAGGCUGCGUAUGUGUCCAUGGCCAGAGCAGCCGGUUGCACUGAUCGGCUCUGGAGUAGAGCCCUCUUACAGCGAGCCGCCAAAAGAAACAACAAGAUCGUAAGAUUCCCUAGGAGGAGGAAGAGGGUGACUUGGCUGAGGAGGAGAAGUAACCGAAGAGAUCCAGUAGAAGAGGCAGCGGCGGAGAGGCUGAGGAAUCUUGUUCCCGGAGGCGGAGAAAUGAAGACUUCAAAGCUGAUGGAAGAGACGGCUCAUUACAUCAAGUGCCUUAGUAUGCAGGUCAAGGUCAUGCAGUGUCUUGUUGAUGGCUUGUCUCCUAAAUGAUUAUCAAUCAUCAUCAUCAUCAAUGAUGCAUAUAAAAAUAUACGUCACACAUAUAUAGUAUUGGAAUGGGGUGAUCAUGAUAUGUGUACAUAUUCUUAUAUGCAUACAUACGUGUAAGAUAGGGUAUAUGCAUAUAUGAAAUGUGUGGAUAUGUAUUAGUCCAUAAGUUACAAUUUUUUUUUUUUUGAAUUUUGAUAAUAAGGGAUUUUAUAUUUAUCAUGCUAUGAUUGUUUAAGUUGGUAUUGCUCUUGUAUAUAAAAAACGUUAUAAACAUUAGGGUUUGGGAA